AUGGGAACACUGGAACUCUCUCGGUUCGGCGAGAACGAGGAACAGAGUCGUGAGCCUGUAUCUGCCUUGAUACAACCCAGUCUCGACAACACCUCCCUAUCACACGAAAUCCGCCGCUACCCCAAGCUAGUAGCCUACUGCAUUGGCAUUGCCUUCGCCUACCUCUUAACUGGCUACGACACCGUCAUCCUGGGAACAAUAACAGCAGUCCCCUACUUCAGGCUCGAAUUCGGCGAACUAUACAACGACACCUACAUCAUCCCCUCGUCAUGGCUUUCUGUCUGGAGUGCAAUGAGCCCGUUAGGAUCUAUAAUUAGCGCACCCGCUGCGGGCUGGCUUCAAGACCGUAUUGGCCGUCGCUGGUCACUGGGUCUAAGCUGUUUCGUCUGCGGUGUUGGAAUCGCUAUUGCAUUUUGUUCCAAUCUACCCAGUGAUAUAAACUCCAGACGAGGAGCCUUUCUCGUUGGGAGGUUUGUGCAGGGGUGGGGUGUUGGUGGUGCCAUGACCGGUGCGCAGACUUAUUUGUCGGAGACUGUUCCGACGAGUUUGAGAGGUUCGACUAUGGCGCUUUCACCAACAUUUAUGUUGAUUGGGGAAUUGAUUGGAGCUGGUGUCAUCCUCGCGUGUGAGAAGAAGACGACAUCGGCUGCAUUCUUGAUUCCAUUUGCGACUCAGUGGAUUUUCACGCUUUUGCCCUUCGUUGUGGCGUUUGUUAUACCUGAAAGUCCGUCUUAUUUGGUUCGCAAAGGAGAUUAUGACAAGGCACAAAGUGCGAUGAAGGCUUUGCAUACUGAAAAAGUGGACGUGGCACCGCUUUUGGCUCAAAUGCGCUUGUCAAUUGCCAGCGAGGAGGAAUUGUCUCGCGAGCUGGCGUAUGUGGAUUGCUUCAGGGGAACCAAUCGGCGCCGGACGAUGAUCGUGGCAUUCUCGUUCAUGGUUCCUAGUCUCUUUGGAGUCCCGCUUCUUGCGAGUGCUAGUUACUUCAUGCAGGUAGUUGGGAUGUCGCCGAGCCUUAGUAUCAUUAUCUUGAUUCUGGGUAUUGUGCUGGGUCUGUUGGCUAAUGCUGUUGGUAUUUGGCUUAUGAGUCGGGCCGGACGGCGUCCACUGAUGCUUUGGACCCUGGCAGUUGCGACCGUGAUAUGGCUGAGUAUGGGGAUUGCUGGUUGCUGGACUGGCAACGUUGUUGUUUGGUACACCGCGGUUUGCUUGAUACUCGUGGUAGUAGUCUGCGGUAUGGGCGUGUGGCCAGCGUCUUACGCGGUCAACGGCGAAACAUCAUCGCUGCGCCUCCGAGCUAAAACCCAGGGCAUUGGUGUGUUGUGCUAUAUGAUUUCAAAUGUGGUUUUUUGCCUUGUCUUGCCAUACAUUUACAACACGGGUUCAGGUGAUCUGAAAGGAAAGACCGGUUUUGUCUACGCUGGCUUUUGCUUCUUUGCUUGGACAGUUACAUGGUUGAUGAUCCCUGAGAUGAAAGGACGCACAGUCCUGGAGAUUGAUGCGAUGUUUGAGGCUAAGCUUCGUUGUGCGGAUUUUAAGAGUUGGUCUAGUCCCGUUGGCCCCGACAAGGAGUACGUUGCAUAA